AUGGCUUCAAAAAGUAACAACCUUAAGCAAUUGAUCCUAAUUCCAUCUACCGACUCUGACGACUGUCAACAAUCCAUCAAUGGCAUCAAUGAUGCCAACAAAGUGUCGAGGCUCCCUUGUUGGACCAAACAAGAAAUUCUCGUUCUCAUACAGGGAAAAAAAGUGGUUCAAGACCGGAUCCAUCGAGCCCGAACCGGAGGUAUGGAAUUGGGUUCAACACAGGUCGAAGCGAAGUGGGAUUCUGUUUCAUCCUACUGUAAAAGACAAGGGGUGAAUCGUGGACCGAUUCAAUGCCAAAAGAGAUGGAGUAGUCUGGCUGGGGAUUUUAAGAAGAUUAAAGAGUGGGAGUCUCAGAUUAAAGAAGAAAAAGAGUCAUUUUGGAUGAUGAGGAAUGAUUUUAAGAGAGAAAAAAAAUUACCUGGAUUUUUUGAUAGACAAGUGUUUGAUAUUCUUGAUCAUGGAAAUGGCAAUGAAGAAGGGUUAGAUUUGGCUUCCGAGAGAGAAGUUUUGUUUGAUAGUGGCAGAAGUGUUGUUGUAGGGGAUGAUGGGUUGUUUUCAGAUGUACCACAAAUGAAUGAGAAUGCUAUUCCUAUGCUAACUUUAGAGGAGCCACAUCAGCCACUCUCUCAAGUUUCUCCUACACAAGCAGGUGUAAGACAAACUACCACUCGAGGAGCUGAUAAAGGAAGAGGUCAAGAAGGAAGGAAAAGAAAGCGAAACGACUCAAAUGAUGAAAAAACAAGGAAUGUCCAACAUCAUUUAGUAAAAGCACUGGAAAGGAAUGGAAAAAUGGUGAGCUCCCAACUUGAAGCUCAGAAUAUUCAUUCUGAACAGGAUAGGGAGCAAAGAAAGGACCAUGUUGAUAGCUUAGUAGUUAUGAUAAACAAGCUUGCAGGUGCUUUAGGAAGAAUUGCAGAUAAGUUAUAG